AUGUCUGCCUCUGACAUGCCCGCCUCCGACAUGCUUCCGAGCCUGCUGGAGCAGCUCGGAGCUGCCAAACUCUACGAGCUCUCGGUCCAGCGCGACAUAGACCCGCUCCAUGAAGACCUCCUCUCCUCGCUGCACCGAAUGCAGCCAAGCUACAACGCUUUUGCCCAGCACGGCACCAACUUGGCGCAACGAGCCAUCGACAUGUCCUUCCAAUGCUUCGCGGUUCGAAGUGACGCAGCCACCCAGGCCCAUAAGCAUCUGGGCACCGUCACCGACACGGCUAUGCUUUUCGAAGACGCCGUUCGCGCCACCGCCGAGGCACACGCCGCGUUGGCCUUGCAGACCUGCGUCAUGAUGGACGCCCUGCAAGAGCUACACAAGGCGUGCUCGUCCAACGACUUGGAGAAUGCCCUGCAGGACGUUGACGUCUCCUUCGCGGUCCCAGCCGGGACCGACCCAUCACAUCUCCCCACGGACAUGUUGACCAAGGCCGAGCUGGACGAGGUGCUCUGGGACCUCUAUGUCAACGAGCCCACGACGGAGCAAGAGAGGACAAAGCCCGCGCCAAACGCCACCGACUUCCUCACGGACGAGCAAAUGGACGAGAUCCUCGGCAACAACACCGUCGUGGACAACAACACACAGCAAGCUGCUGGUCCCGAUGAUGAUGCCGCUCCCUCUGGCAACGACGACUCCCAAGACAGCGAUGCCACUGAGGACUGUCCAUACGAGAGCGACGUCGAGAUGCUCGACCCUGGCUGCUACCAGCCACUUGGUUUCGAGGCAGUCGACCAUGCACCUGCCGGCCCGGGAAAAGCCAACCACACCAGGGUUUCCUCUGCCUCCUCAUCCUCGGCCUCGUCUUCUACCGCUGGGGCGCCGGCUCGGGAUUCCGAAAAGCCGGCAUUCACCAAUCCCUUUCUCGCCGCGGCAAGCCGGUCUGGCAUCGAGGGUAUCCUGGCAUUGGUCGCCAUCCUCACCCAGUCGAGCAAUGCCAACAAGGACACUCGUGUCACGGCCUCGCAGACAAGCCCCCUAGCAAGUGGGAUUGACGUGACCUCGCCGGCCUUCUCCGAAAGAUUUCAGGGAGAACUCAUCCGGGAGAUCGGGGAGACCCUGAUGUGGGAGGAGCAGCAAGAGGCGGCCGUCGGUAGGUAA